UUCACGAGGCAAGUACUCACGUCGCGCGCUCUUGUUCCUCGCGUGUGCAUUCCUUCUUCGUUUCUUAUUUUCCAUUAAAUCGUUCAGCUUGUCUCUCAUACGCGCUAUCUCACGAAUAAACGGCCACACUGUCGAAGCAGCUUGUUAACGUUUUGCAAUUGUAAUAUCUCGAGUGUCGUGAUACAAUUCAACGAGUUUUUUUUCUCACGCGACGAACUGUCAAAAUACAUAUAAACAAGUCGUGCGGUAUUAUCGGAGCUUCAUAUGUACAUACGUAUUCUCAGCCGAGCGUGAACAUUGUAAAACAACGUGUUGUCACGUGCGCCUGCACCCGUGAAAUCGGCACCGAUUUACGAUACUCGUGGACCAUGAGUCGUGCUAGAAGACAUUAACUGUUGUUAACAGCAUAACGUAACUCGUGUUUACGGCUACUCGGUACGUACAACCGGUUAAGCACGUGGUGGACACGAUGCUCCUAAAAUUGGCAGUGUUGCUGUUCGUUCUUGUGCGGCCAGGUGCAAGUUACUUCAACCUUUUUCUCAGCCAGGCAGAAGUGCGGAAACUAAUGGGUCUCCAGGCGGAAUUGUUUUACGUAAGAGAGGGCGUGAUAAACGAGUACGCUAUUAAAUUCGUCGUGCCGGUGCCAGCGCAAGUUCACAAGCUACAUUUCACUUGGGAGAAUCUCGCCGGUAGGCCGUUGCCAUAUACAAUGUCGGUGGACAUCAGCAACCCAUCAGCUUUGAGUAGUUCAUUGAACAUAUCGCAGGCUGGUGAAAUUCCUCUCGGUGGGCUACAAACUUGGGCAUUGGCCCUGCAUUGCGGCCCGUACGACGCGGAGGUCGAUCUGAGCCUUCGGAUAAAUGUCUCCCUGUCGAGACGGAACACCACCAGUUUGGACUUCAGACGAAAGAAAAUCUGCUUGAAGGAUAAAAGUAACAUAGGAGCGGAGGAAGUACACGUCGCCGCUUCCGGAUCCCCUUCAGGCGGACAAGUGUUUUAUGCUGCUAUCGGCUGUGCUUGCGCGUUCAUCGCAGCCGUUUUAGUUCUUGUUGUUGCUUACUAUGUCCGUGACAAGAAGACUAGGAGGCAUCGGGAUCCCCUUCAGGAAUCGAGGGGUCUCAGUUCUGCGUGUAGUGUGGAAAGAGGCACUGGUGUUGGACCUGCACAAACUUUUUUAUCGCCAGAAACACCACCGCCUGCUUCUGCAACAUCUACUUCUACUUAUAGAAGACUAGACGAUCGACCAAGUCGAGAAUUGCACGAAAGAAUCCAAGAAAUUACAGUCCAAAGAUGCAGGGUACGCCUUCUCAGCAUCGAAAUGGAAGGCACAUUCGGUCGCGUGUAUAGAGGCAGUUAUCACGAGGAGGGUGCGUCCUCCCCGAGGGAUGUCCUAGUGAAAACUGCUGCUGAACAUGCAUCACAAUCGCAAGUUGCCCUUCUAUUACGAGAGGGUUUGGCAUUAUACGGUUUGAGUCAUCUAGCGUUGCUGCCUGUUUUGGGUGUCUCCAUCGAAGAUAGAAGCGCGCCUUUUCUCUUGUAUCCGCACACCGGUUACAAGAACAUGAAGAGGUUCUUGCUAAGGUGUAAAUUGAGCAGCGAAGGGCCACCGAGGGCACUCACUACCCAAGAAGUCGUGGAAAUGGCCCUUCAAGCUGCCAAAGGGGUCCAGUAUCUUCAUAGAAAGAGACUGGUACACAGAGACUUGGCCGCCAGGAAUUGCGUCGUCGACGAUGAUCUGAGGGUUCAAAUCACGGACAACGCUUUAGCCAGAGACCUGUUUCCGCAAGAUUAUCAUUGCCUCGGCGACAACGAGAAUCGUCCGAUAAAGUGGCUGGCCAUUGAAAGCUUGCUUAAUAAAACGUUCAGCACUGCUUCUGAUGUGUGGGCAUUCGGAGUAUUAUUAUGGGAACUAACGACAUUAGCGCAGCAACCAUACGUGGAAGUAGACGCGUUUGAAAUGGCUUCAUAUCUCAGAGAUGGAUAUAGAUUAGCACAACCAAUAAAUUGUCCCGAUGAGCUGUUCGCUGUUAUGGCCUAUUGUUGGGCAAUGUCCGCAGACGAAAGACCGACAUUCAGCCAGCUGAUAGUCUGUCUUCAAGAUUUCCACACUCAAUUGACCAGAUACGUUUAAUCGUCGUACG